AUGGAGCCAAACAGUCCCAAAAAGAUACAAUUUGCUAUGCCUUUAUUCCAGAGUCAGAUUGCACCCGAAGCAGCUGAGCAGGUGGUUCUUUAUUGUUCACAGAUCAGGAAAAGAAGACCUACACCAGCAUCACUUGUGAUUCUCAAUGAACAUAACCCUCCAGAAAUAGAUGACAAGAAGGUGACCAACACACAAGCAGAAUCGCAGAAUGCAACCCCUAAGCAAAGGAAGCAGAGCGUGUACACACCACCCACCAUGAAAGGGGUUAAGCAUAUGAAAGGCCAGAAUGAAUCAGCAUUCCCUGAAGAGGAAGAAGGCGUGAACGAGAGUGUGCAGCAGUGGGACCAUUAAUUACGGGUCUGCAACAAGAAGGCUUCUUGGGAAUAACUGAACUAUCAACCUUUCUGAAUAGCCCAUGGAAUGCCACUGCUUGACUUCU